UGCCGUGCAGUCUCAAAAAACUUUCGUUGUGUUUUGGUCUGGUCGUUGUCGUCGCGUUGCGCGUUUCGUCCACUCGUAUUUGCUCUGUGUUUAUUUUAUUUGCGUGCGCAACAACAACAACAACAAAAGCAACAGCAACAUUUAGCGUUCGUUAUUAAAUUGUGUUAAGCUAAUAAAAACAGUGUUCAAGCGCACGUAUUUUUUUUAACAGUUUUUAUUUUUUUCGUGUGCGACUAAAACCGGUGCAGAAGCAAAGCAAAAAAAUUAAAGAGAUUUGCAAUCAAAAUAUACAAACCGAAAUACAAAUACGAAAUACUCUCUGCAGUGGGUGACAAGUGCACAAAUAGGGGUUGCAAAUUUUUUCCUACUCAGGUGCAAGAGAGAGAGAGAGAGAGAGAGACAGAGAGGACAGGGACUGGAAGUUGGCCGUAACAAAAACAAAUCGUAGCUUCAUUCUUCCUCUUUGCCAGGCACCUAAUUUGAAGCACUCUUCCCCUCCGCCCCCUCGAUCACAGUCGGCAAUCAAGCAACCAACCGCCCAGAGCCCCUCUCAGCGCUGCGUGUGCCGCGUGCCAUGCGUGACCUCGGCACCAAAAUGGCCGAGCUUAAAUUUGAGGCUCCGUUGGCAAAGUUCGAGGAGACGGACGAAUGGGGCGGCUGCGAUUUCAUCUCCAAUCAGAAUGCACUGAACGACACGCUGAAUCUGAAUCUCAGCUCCAAUCGGAACCAGAAGGAGGGCAGCGCCAAGCAGCAGCAGCAGCAGGACAAGCUGCGUCUGCUCGAGGAUGCGGUCCGUGAUGCGCACAUCAGCAAGAAUGGUGCAACUGGAGCAGUUGGUGGCGCUGGCGCUGGAACUGGAGCUGGCAACAUUAGUCCCAAUUGCAAUACGCAGAAUCUUUCGGACCUGGGCUUGACCGAUGGCUUGGCCGGGGGCCAGGAUAAGCGGGCCGCCGACAAUGUGGACAACUUCACGGAGACCUUUGGCGGCAGCUUGGAGGAUCUGGUAAACACGUUCGACGAGAAGAUUACCAAAUGCUUUGGCAACUACGAGGAGAACGUCGAGGAACUGGCACCGGUUCAGGUGCGCAGCCAGGAGGAGAUCAUGAACGAAUGCCAGUAAGUGAACACACUUUUAUUGGG